AUGCAUGCCAAAACCGCCCUCCUCGCCGCUGCCGCGGCCACCACUGUCUCGGCCGACCUCAGCGCCCUGAUGCCGGGCUCCCUCGCCGCCAAGCGCGACCUCAUCGCCCGGCAAUCCGGGUCUGCCACCGACGGCGGCGACACGGCGACGGCGUGCCUGACGGACCUGCUGUCCAUCUACUCGACCAUCCCCACGGCGCCGCCCGAGAUCAUCUCGUACGAGAUGACCGCCUCCAUAACCGACGCGUGCGACUUCUCCAUCCCCGCCUCGCUCUCCAAGGCCUGGAACUCGUACACCAGCGAGGCCUUCAGCUGGUUCGAGGCCCACUCGUCCGAGAUCUACAGCGCCUUCUCCCAGUGCCCCGAGUACAGCUCCCUCGCCUCCAACGUCGGUGACUCCCCGCCCCUCACCGUCAGCUGCGGCUCGGGCGGUUCGGGCUCGGGCUCGGGCUCGGGCUCGGGUAGCUCCCACACCACUGAUACCGGCAACUCUGGUUCGAAGCCCACUGGGACUGGCAGCUCUGGUUCGCAGCCCACUGAGACCGGCGGCUCUGGUUCUGGCUCGGGCUCUGGCUCGGGCUCGGGCUCUGGUUCGGGCUCUGGUUCGGGGUCGGGCUCUGGCUCUGGCUCUGGCUCUGGUUCCAGUUCCGGCAAGGCCGGCACUUCCUCCACCCCCUCCGGCAACGCUGGCCCCAGGGAGACCGGCUAUGUUGGCGCUGCUGUCGUCGCCGCCGGCUUCCUCGGUGUCGUCGCUGCUCUCUAA